UCCCGGACGGCAAAGGUGUUGCGCUUAGCACUGUUAAGUCAUUUUUAGAAUGGUUAAAAAAAGCAGAGGAGGAACAGAAUGAAGAGGACGUUAGCGCAACACUGACGACAAAUGUUGCAUAAAUAAAUUUAGUGGCUUGAGGAAUUGGAGCGUAAUGUUAGAAGUAUACUUAAAAAACUUACACCUCAAAAGUUUAAAACUUUGGUUGCUAAAAUGUUGGAAUUAAACAUAGAUAAUGAAAAGAAAUUACAAUCAGCUGUAGAUUUGAUAUUUGAAUUUGCUGUCAGUGUACCUCUCUACGUCGUUGCCUAUGCCAACAUGUGCAGAGUUCUUACAGAUAAUUUCAAAUUUUCUGCUACAAAUACAGCCGAAAAAACGUCGACAAGUACAGUUACGUUUAGAAAGGUUUUACUAAAUAAAUGUAAAAUGGAAUUUGAAAAAGGGAGUUCAGAUGAAAAAUUGUUGGAGGAAGAUAGGCUUAAAAAGUUUGAAACAGAAGAAGAGAAAAAGGCAUGGGAAGAAGAACUUAAUUAUAGAGAAAUGAUGAACAGAAGAAGAAUGCUUGGAAAUAUCCGUUUCAUAGGUGGACUAUUUAAAUUAAAGAUGAUUUCGGAAAAUAUCAUGCAUGAUUGUAUUUUAAAACUGCUGCGAGCCAAAAAGCAAGACUCUUUAGAAGACCAACUGGAAUGCUUAUGCAAACUUUUGUCAACAAUAGGAAAAGACCUCGAUCAUGCAAAAGCUAAGCCAAGAAUGGACCAGUACUUUGUUCAAAUUAACAAAAUAAUAGAGAAAAAGAAAAUAUCCUCUCGCAUAAAAUUUGCCCUGCAAGAUGUAAUGGAUCUCAGAGUGAGAGAUUGGGUGCCAAGACGCGAUGAAGGAAACCCCAAAACCAUUGAUCAAAUUCAUAGGGAGGCUAUACAGAAGGAGAAAAAAGAGGAAAUGGCUCGUCAGCAAGACAAAUUGCAACGAAAACUAGAACCAAGAGGCGGGAGAGGUGGACGAGAUAGUCCAAAUGUACGAUCAGGUGGCCCAAGUAGUGAUGGGUGGACAAAUGUUGCUGGUAAAUCAAAUCGUAGUACAACACCAAUUGUUGCUAGUAAAUUUAAAUUGACAAAGAAAGUUACAGAUUCAAAUGAGAUUUCGCUUGGACCAGGUGGUGGUAAACCUGGAGCAUGGUCAAGAAAAGUUUGUGUUAAUGUGCCAUCACGCAGAAGAACUUCAACAAGUGGUUGUGAGCGAAUGAGCAAUGACGAUGGCAGUAGUUCUGCUUUACAACCAGUUAAAUAUAUGACUGGUCCAUCUGAAGAUACAUACAGUGCACCUUCGUCAGGUGCUCAGACUCUGGUUGAAAAAUCUCAAUCGCCAGUUGCAUUGAUUACAGAAGAAAAGAUGAGAAAAACUACUAAAUCAACUGUGGAAGAAUAUUUGAGUUGUGGAGAUGUAAAGGAAGCUCUGUUGUGUAUAAAAAAAUUGAGUUGUCCGUCAAUGCAUCAUGUAUUUGUUGAAGAGAGCAUUUGCGUUGUCCUUGAGAAAAAAACCGAACAUCGUCGUCUUGUAGGCACGUUGCUGCAUUAUUUUAUUAAGGAGCAGUUAUUUAGCACAGAAGAUAUGUGUCAAGGGUUUGCGUCCGUGGUUAAACUAGCACAAGAUUUGGCAUGCGAUGUGCCUUUUAUAUACAAAUAUUUUGGUGAAGUUCUCGGACCGGUCGUCUAUGAUGGAACCCUACCUUUAAAGAAAGUAAAAGACACGCUAGAACCACUCGUUCAACAAAGUAAAGCAGAACUUGUAGUGGAUGAAACGUUGUCUGUGGCUGUGGAACUUGCUGGGAUCUGCCACGAGUGUUGUUUGAAGAUCUGUAUCAUGUGGAAGUGAUCUGUUAAAAAGCCUAUUACGAUUGGGAGAAGAGUAAAGAUUUUCCAGGCAGCAGAGGAGUUACGCUUAGCUGUCUGUCUGUCUGUCUGUCUGUCUGUCUGUCUGUCUGUCUGUCUGUCUGUCUGUCUGUCUGUCUGUCUGUCUGUCUGUCUGUCUGUCUGUCUGUCUGUCUGUCUGUCUGUCACGCAAAAUGGUAGCAUAGCUGCGCAAGUAGCGAGACGCACGCGAUGCGGUAUAAAAAGGACGGGCGAACCCGUGGAUUUUUCCACGGGAUACCGACUAGUUAUUGCAAUUACUUUAUGCCCCACUCCCUUUAUAUAAAUUUUAUGUGAAACAGUUUUCAAUGUGUUUUUGUACGUGUCCUCGUGCCGUGUUAUUUAUUGUGUCUGUUUCGUGGAAUAUUUCAGCGUUUUGGUCGACAGACAGAAAAAACAAAAAAAUAUCAUGCUACAUAAUUGUCUAACCAAACGUGAUACUUUUUUGUAAAAUAAUUUAUGUGGAAGAGUAGUGGAUCGGUUAUUUAAGCGAUCUGCUUGAAAGCCUUUUUUGCGAUACUGCGCAUUUGUAGAUUUUGGUAACGUAUAAAUAAAAAUUAAAUUUAACCGUUUAGAUUCAAGCGGGAAGUCUCCAUUAUUGUAUUUCAAAUAUAGAUUAUAUUGUAUUUUUUAUGAGAAAAUACAGAAAGUAUGGUUUGGCCAACAA